AGCAGUGUUAUGACGAGUUGGAUGUUAUAAAUACCAGAGUACAUGUACGAGUGAUUCUUAGCUUUUCUCUAUUAGCUCAGAUCAGAAAACACACGCAGUUGAGGAGGACGACGCCAACAAUUGAGGGGAAAAGGAAAGAGGGUGCGUCAGUAAUGAUGGAUUCAAUUGCGUUGGAGAAGCGAUGUUAAGCAUAUUGUCUGCAUCGAUCUUUUUUAAAACCAAUGUUUGUGACGAGUUGGAUGUUAUAAAUACCAGAGUACAUGUGCGAAUGAUUCUUAAGCUUUGCUCAAUUUUGCUCAGAUCAGAAAACACACGCAGUUGAGGAGGACGACGCCAGUAGUUGAGGAGGAAGACGCCAACAGUUGAGGGGGAAAGAAAAAAGGGUGCGUCAGUAAUGAUGGAUUCAAUUGCACAGAUCAGAUAUCAAGUUGGCUCACGUGUGCCCGUUAUUGUGGUUUUGGUAUCAAUUAUUGCUUGUUCCUGUUCGAGUGAGUUUCAAGGGGAACUUUUCACAGCAAUGCCCGAGUGUUCUGAAGGUGCUAUUCUUCCGGUGACUCCUGUCAACUCUGAUUUUGUGUCAUCUCGCGGUCAAUGUUUGGCAAACUGUCUUGGAGAUUCCACAUGCAUGUCCGUCAACCUCUGUGAAGAUUCUCAGAGUGGACAGGUGUGUCACAGACUACCCGAGACGUCAAACGGGUCGUGUUCCGAUCUUCAGUCGGCCGUUGGGUGUGUCUUUUUGGAGCCGGUGAAUGUGUGCCAGCACGGUGGAAGGUUCAAUGACUCCAUGUCUAAGUGUGACUGUUAUGAUGACUUCACAGGAACCUACUGUGAGAGGCGAUACAGAGACUGUUCGGAAGCUUAUGCUGGAGGGUUGAGAGGGGUAGGGAAUUCCUAUCGUAACAUCCCCAUCCGGCCACUCCUGGCUCCCCGAGAAUACCAGGUGGAAUGUUAUCUUGCCAGCAAAGGAUGGAGUGUGGUUGGGAGCCGAGGAACUAACUGUCAGGAAGACUACAACAAAACCUGGUCUGAGUACAAGAAUGGCUGGGGCACCUCGUGUUCUGUUUGGCUAGGACUUGAAGCUAUUCACUACAUUACCAACCAGGCGACAUGCCAACUGUAUGUAAUGGUAAAUGAUAAUCUAGGGUUUUACUACCGGAGCUUCAGGCUUGACGAUGAAGCAAAUAGUUACACGCUCACCUACACCACUACGUAUUCGCAUGCGACGAAACACACAGGGAAUGGGUUUGAGUAUGGAGAACCCAACAAGAGCAUGAAAGGUGAGAAAUUCGCCACGUGGGAUCAUCCCGACUCCUCAGGAUGCGCUUUGAGUGAUGGGACAGGGUGGUGGUACGGGACUGUCUGCCCCGAUACCAAUCUCCACAAGAACUUCACUACGAGCGCAGUGCAAUGGCCGGAUGAUGGUGAUGUCUUACAUACAGUGAUGAACCACAAAUUAUGGAUAAAAGUGUCCUGGCCAUAGCAGUGUCAACAGCAGGCUGCAGAAAACCAUAUAAACCGUAUUCCUGUUCUAUUUUUAGAUUUUAGGGUCUAGGGAAAAACAUGUUAAAUAGUCUUACAAAGUACAUAUUUACACCAAAGAAAAAAUUCAUAUGUGAUUUCAUUGUUAUGUGAAAAGCAACAACUAAUUGCCCUGAUCCCACAAUUAUCGCGUAUGCAUAUUGAAAUCCCAGCCAGAGCCAGUGCUGUAACUGUGACGUCACAGUGGACAAACGACCAUGCACAUUGAUCAAAAUACAUGCUCAUGUUAUAUUAUAUUUGGCACAAGUUUGGUGUACUUAGAUUAACAUGUUCUGUUCAUGGUCUUGCGUACUUGAAACCAUUGUCUGAUUCUACAGGAGAGGACUCUCUCGUUUUUGUUCACAAAACAUUCAGGAUGAACAUUUCUCCAUUUUCUACUACUCCCUCCUCCCCUGAAUCCCGAAUACCAUCUCAUUUUUCACUCAUUUCUCCCAUGAAACCAGAAUACUACUCAACACAAAUCUCAAAAGCAUUGAGAUAAGAUUUACAAUUACAGACUCAUGAUUACAAUUACUGAAAAAGUAAAAUGAAUAUAUAAAGGAAAUUUUUGCGUACACCAUUAAGUUUAUAAAUAUGGAUCUGCAUACCAAAUACGAUUUUAUACGAGUCCCAAGUACCACAUCGCUGAGUACCGAAUACCAUCCAAAUAGACCUCUAAAUGCCACAUACAAAAAGGGGGUUGGCAGCCUCAUUUUUGAGAUUUGAAGUGGAGAAUCUUCUGUGUGCACAGUAUCUGUAAGCCCUUAAUUUAAUUGAGUCUUCAUUUAAGAAAAAGAGAGUAUAUGAAACACGUUAAUACUCACCACCACAUAUGUUAUGUACACCUGUUUUGAAUGAAAACAGGACAGAUGAUAUUAAUGAAGUUAUCAUACCCCCCAUGUGAGAAUAAUGAGAUCUGAUUGGUCCACGUGAUAUUGUUAAAAUACAAUAUAUCCAGCCUUGGAGGGAAAUACAUUUCGCAGCGGCGGAAAAAAAUCUCUUAUUAUCCACAGAAAGCAAGUCAGGCUGCACGUGGAUUUAUGGAGGCAGAAUAAAUCCCUUAUACCCUGCUUCGUAGGGAAAGAGACCACACUUUUUCCUAGUCAAUGGAAGUCACGUGACAUAGCACGAGUUAACCUCAACUCAAUCGAACACCAGUUUUGUAUCAAUUUUGAAUUUGUUUUAAUUCUUUUACAAUGUCAUCAUGUCGGUACGAUACGUUGUAGCAGGAUCACUCUGUACCCAUUGGGUUUUAUGCGUCCCGAAUUAGGUUUUAUGCCACUCGACUCUGACUCCUGGUAUAAAACCUUACCAGCGACGCAUGAAAUGUCUUUGUCAUGAAAAAUAAAAAAAGUAUCAUGUAACUGCCUCCGGAAUGAUUUUUCAUGUCAAUGUGAAAAGAAAUUAUUUGUGUGUCACUGUUAUUUGAUGUAUGCUUAUUAUCGAUUAUUAAUAAUAAGUUUUUUUCAAAUGUUCCCUCGGUCAGGAGGGAAGUUGUAACUGGUUGUGGAUUUCAAAAGGAGGUUUGUUGGAGGAUGGCGGUGGCUUUAUGCCCUGAAUCCCGCCUCUGGAUCCAUCAUCGACGAUUAUUUCAGUCAUUUUCUGUCUAAUUCUGGGAUAAGUUAUUGGUUGACAAAAAAACAAACUAUUUUAAGUUAGAAAAGCGUGAAUUUGGUGUUCAUUUUUGUGAUUAAUGAUUAUUGGACAGGUAGUUUUAGUUUGAUGUCAGUUUUAAUUCAUUUAUUUGUUGUUAAAUAAAUUUAUAUCAUUCUUCGUUUGUUUCUCUCUCUAAUAUAGGGAAGUCCAUGAUAUAAUCAUGGAUUAGUUUUUGACAAGAUGAGUAGUCACUGUGCAUGGUAGUAAGGUAAAUGCCUGCCACUAACAUCCCUCUUUUGAUCAAUGAAGUACAUAUCAUUAUAACAGUUUACACUGCAGUAUCAACUGAACUAACCAUCACUAGACAGUAUUGAAAAUAAAUUUAGCCAAAAAUAGCCCUGUCCUUGUUGUCAAGACUAUUUUGGUUCAUAUCGUUAUGGACUAAUAUGUGUAGGUCAUUGAGCGAAAAUCUUACGUUUUCAUCAGUGGCAUUGUCAGGUGAUGCCAUGGCGAACGCCAGUAAACUACCAAACACUUCUGACCUUUUUCACACUUCACUACUUCCGGUUUGAAAUCGAGGCUUGAAGAGCAGAAGGUAGAAGUAUUGAGUAUCGUAAGUAUUGAACAUUAUUUAUAUUCUUAUCAUUGACAAAGAAUAUUCUUCUGUUAUCUGGUCUCCUCACUGAUUUAAAGUAAGCAAGUGAGUCAAGUGAAUUUAAAAUAUCCAUGUCCAUCUGGUAACUUCCAGUACAGUUUAUAGUUGCAGAACAAAUCCCAAGAGCAUCGUGUAAAGAAUAAUUCGAUGUUUACACACCAUAACCCAAACUAUUUACUUAUUUGCUUAGUCAAGGUGUGAGUUUGCGACUUGUGUUUGAAGUCUAGGUCUUUGGAGAGUACAAAAAUAUUGACCUUUGACAAUAUCCAGAUAGAUGUCAGAAACUAACCAAAUUAAUAUGUUGGUUUUUCUUAUUGUAACCUAUUAAGAAUUUACAAUUAUAAACAAAAUAUAAAGUGUAUUGGACUCAAAUACAUUCUAAUGAAAUAUUAGAUCUCUAGAUUUACAAGUGGUGCUGUGAUAUUUCAAAUUCAUAAAAAGAGAUUGAGAUUCCUGUAAACAGAGAAAACUAACGAAUGUUGUGAAAUUCCCAUGGGUAUUACAAUCAUAACUCCCUUUUUUAAAUUGUGAAAUCCAUUUGGUUUCACGUACACAAACAUGUUUUGAAACUUAGGAAACAAACGAAUUUAUUUUGUGCGAGCAAAUGCCAUGUAAUGUAUAAUUGAUUAUUGAUCAAAUUAAUUUAUAUAUCAGAUGAUGGUUGUGCUUACUGUAUCAGGGUGCAGUAAUUAUAUUGUAAUGAUGUAAUAUUUGGCUAUUGUUACCAAUCUUUAGAACUUAAGUUUAUUUUAAUCAAGUCAAUUGGUGUGAUAACUUUUAUAAUUUUGACAAUUUAAUCAAGACGAGAAAUAAAAAUACAUAGAGGAAUUUUGUUCUCCUUGUCAAUGACGUUGAUAGCAUGUACAUGUAUUUAUGCAGAGCCACAAGUCAAAAUAUCAACUUUCGUUAAAUACAAAAUGAGAUAAACAUUUUGU